AUGGUCUCAAUAUUAUUUCUUAAGAGGUCACAAGAGGAGAGUCCCCUCCUGUUGUAUCCUAUUGUGGGACCUCUUCAAAGGAAUAUUGUUCAACACUAUUGCAGUUCAUGCUCACCUAGACUCCUAGUAUCAUGCCUUCAUGCAUGGAACCUUCACAACACACUGGACAAAGAGUGUGAGGAUACAUUAGGAUUAGUAAGGUCAUCCUGUCCUGUCUCAUUUGGUUUAUUGAGUAAAGGAGGAGGACUGUCACUAGUACUGCCUGCCUGGAAACUGGUUAAAGAGGGUCCGUCACCUGUUCAUAAUAAUGGAGGAGUGGCUCUGGAUGAUUUAUUGAUACUAAACCAACUACCAGAAACACAAAGUGCCAUCAAUGCUACACUCUCAUUACAUAAGGAGAGAUCAUUAACAGUUCCUGUUAGUCUAGAGGAGGAGGAGGAGGAGGAUAUCAAUGAGGAAGGGAUCCAGUCUCAACUAUCCAAUCAUGUUAGGUGGCAGUUGUCAAGAUCAUUAACCACACGGCAUUUAUUAACUGUGGUAUCUAUCACUAACACACUGAUGAAUCAGACCUGGGGAGCUCAUGUGCUAGCUACUGGAUCUUACAAGAAGUUAAAUGAUGGAAUGGCUCAGAUGAUGCUUCAGUUUAAUAAUGAAAUUAAGACUAUCAACAAAGAAAUGAUGAGUGCAAUGAAAGAACAACUUAAAGAAGCUAAAAGGUUUCAAAGUAUAGACAAGUCCUGGAUAAAGAUAAUGACCAAAGCUCAUGAGGUCCCUAAUGUGGUCCAGUGCUGUGUGGGGGAUGAGACACUGUGACAACUACUCCCUCAUCUCCUGGAGUAACUGGAGCUCUGCCAGAAAUCAUUAACUGGCUACCUUGAGAAGAAGAGGCUGGUGUUCCCUCGGUUCUUCUUUGUGUCUGAUCAAGCACUACUGGAGAUACUGGGACAAGCUUCAGACUCACACACUAUACAGAUUGGUCUCCUUGGUCUACAGAUCAUUUGGACAAUGGACUCAACUAAUGCACUGAAGAAUGCUCCAUCAGACAAGAAGAUAAUGGCUGCCACUGACCAAGCAUUCCUUGACGUGCUCAAUUCUCUCAUUGAAAUGACGACACAAGAACUGAACAAGAUUGACAGAGUAAAGUACGAGACACUGAUCACAAUACACCUUCAUCAGAGGGACAUAUUCAAUGACCUGCUCACCUAGACUCCUAGUAUCAUGCCUUCAUGCAUGGAACCUUGACAACUCACUGGACAAAGAGUGUGAGGAUACAUUAGGAUUAGUAAGGUCAUCCUGUCCUGUCUCAUUUGGUUUAUUGAGUAAAGGAGGAGGACUGUCACUAGUACUGCCUGCCUGCAUGGGACUGGUUAAAAAGAGUCCGUCACAUGUUCAUAAUAAUGGAGGAGUGGCACUGGAUGAUUAUUGAUACUAAACCAACUACCAGAAACACAAAGUAUUUAAUGUUUUGUUGGUAAUAUAUUGUUGUUGUUUGUUCUUAUAGUGUUAUUGUUGUUGACUUGUUUUUAGUCAUAUGGGCAUAA